AAACAACUGUUUCCUGUAAAUGUUGUACUCCAUCUUUCUUUUUAAUUCAAGUAAAGCAUGCCUUUCCAAAGGUUUGUGGAAACCGGCCGUGUAGCCGUUGUAUCUGACGGCCCUCAUAAGGGUAAAUUAGUCAGUAUCGUGGACGUUAUUGACCAGACAAGGGUUUUAGUUGAUGGCCCUUUGAGUAAUGUACCAAGAGGACAACUUAGAUUGAAUGAAUUACAUUUAACUAAAUUUCGUAUUAGAUUUCCGUUUUCAGCAUCUACACGUAUUGUAAGAAAAGCAUGGACAGAUGCUAAAAUUAACGAAAAAUGGGCGGAUUCUGUUUGGGCUAAAAAAGUAGCCGCAAAAGAGAAGAGGGCGCAACUCACCGAUCUCGAUCGUUUCAAGUUACGUAGAGCUAGAUCGAGGAGAAACAAAAUCAGAACUGCCACUUUUCUUUGUUUGAGGAAAACUGCUUCCAGAAACGGUACGCUCUAUGGUAAAAAGAAGAUGGCUAAAGGAGGCGACAAACCCAAACCACCCAAGAAGGGAAAGAAAGAAAAAACUGCUCCCAAGAAGAAGUGAUUAAGUUAAGACAAUAUAUUUGUUUAAAAAAAAUUCACUCGUUUUAUUUUUUUCCUAA